CAGUGUGCUAUAUUUAAGAGAUUCUGAACCAAACGAGCAUUAGCCAGAAUAGCGAUCGCGCUCCCUCGCCAUUUACUUGGACCUUCAGCGUAAUUAAGCCUAAAGCAAAGAGACAGCGAGAGAGACAUUGACUCCAUCACUGUGGCAUUAAUUCUGCACAUCAGCAUUGACAUCAACGCCAUUCUGACGUUUCUGCUAAUCGCUAAUAGUGAUAAAGUGAACAUGACAGAGAUGGAAGAUGACCGCCGGUUUCACAAACUGACACAAGAGCAGGUGGAGACCUUGGACCAAGUUCUCAAAGAGGUCAUUCCUAUUCAUGGCAGGGGCAAUUUCCCAACACUAGAAAUCAACCCCAAGGACAUCAUCCACGUGGUCAGGGACCGGCUGAUUUUGAAGAAUAUCAAGGUGAAAGAUGUUCGUCUAAAUGGCUCUACAGCCAGUCAUGUACUUGUUAAAGAGAAUAAUACUAGCUACAAAGACUUGGAUAUCAUCUUUGGUGUGGAACUUUCCAAACAGGAGGACUUUCAGAUCAUCAAGGAAGUGGUUCUGGGCUGUCUGCUGGACUUUCUUCCUAAAGGAGUCAACAAAAAUAAAAUCACAGCCCUGACCAUGAAAGAGGCAUAUGUACAAAAAAUGGUCAAAGUGUUUACUGAGCAAGACCGUUGGAGCCUCAUAUCUCUUUCAAACAACAGUGGAAAGAAUGUGGAGCUUAAGUUUGUCAACUCUCUACGUCGGCAAUUUGAAUUUAGUGUGGAUUCCUUUCAAAUCAUUCUUGACACCAUGCUACAGUCAUAUUUGGAGGCUGAGAAGAAACUUGGGGUUCAGUCAGCUCUUACAACGUGCCCAUCUCUCAACUCUAGUACAAUGGGACAUGACAACAAUAGUGACAUUGACAUGUCCUGUGAAACUGAUAACAUACAGAGUUUCAAUGACAGUGACAGUUAUAGUAAAGUCAAUAUAAGUCAAAUGGAACAGUCUACAUUUUUAGAAAAAGAAACAACUCUUAAGACAGUUAAUAACGUAGUAAAAACAGAGAUAAAUGUGCCUGAGUCUGUGGAGCAAGAUUCAGAACACUCUUUUGUGGUAGAGGACAAAAAUGACCUUAAAAAUGCAUCUCUGUUUACAGGCACACUACUAGAGGAACAUACAAAUGUAACAGGUAUUGACUUAGGAAAUUAUAAAGAACUGUUUGUGGUAAAAAAUGAAGGAACAAGUAUAAAAGAAAUCACAUCCCAAGCUAAAACACAUAUUAGUACAACAUAUACUAACAACAAAACAGAAGGGUCAGUCAAAGCCCAACCAUGGUUAGAAUUGGUACAUAGAGACUUUUCUUGUCUUUCAACGACAGGGAGCACUGGUGACCGAUGCACAUUCCACCCUGCUUCCAUUACAUUUCUUACACAAACUGCAUUAGAAUCAUAUACUGAGUAUCCUCUACCACCACCUGCUAAGAAAAACAAUCGAAGCUCACAAAUGGUUGUUCUCAAGCAUUCCUCACCUAAACCUCCCCGGAAAAUGUCAAAAAAGACAACACCUAUAUCAUGUUCACCUGAAAGAUUUCUGUCAAAUAAUUCAAGUGUUAAUUCUUGUCAGGUUUUGCAUCCACCAAAAGCUUACCCAAAGGAGUCAUUACCUAUGCAGGUGAAGUUGUCAGGUCUCACCACAAAAAACUUUGAAUUAUCCAGUGCCUCAGAAAAAGACCCAGAAUCUAAACAACUAGCCAUUUGUACUGAGGCUUUUACAGUUGCUAAUUCUGAGAAUUGUGUGCAUUUAGAAGAGACAUCACCUACUGGUAUAGCAACAGAGACAAACCUUCAAUCCCAAGUGCAAAGCUCAGAGCCAGAGACUGGCAAAGCUACCCAUAUCUUUGUUUUAAGUACUAUGCCUGAUCUGAAAAAUCUACCAACAGAUCAAAACAGGAAAAAUCAGCCUAUUGCUGAGAGGGUCCAGACAGCACCGUGUAAGGAAUUGGCACCUCUCAUUUAUGUAAACUGUCAGCCUUUACCUCAGACUAAUGACAGUUCAAGCUCACCUACCAAAAAAAGGAAUACUGAGUCUUAUGCCCAAGCUGAUGACCCUAUUUCUACUCAGCACUCAGAAAAACUAAAAGAUUGUCCCUUUGAAAUGGUAAAUCCACUGACCACAAACAAUUCUCCUGAUUUGGAAAUGCCUUCAUACUCUGAAGACAUGCCAUCAUUCCAGGUUCAUAAAUACCCUGUGCCCUCACUACAGACUCAGAAAACUCUUGUGCAAUGUACACCAGCUGAAGAAUCUCCAGUAAUAAUACCACAUGUAUUAGAACCCCAUGUCUUUUCACCAAAGGCUCAAGAGCUCACAGUAUCAUCAUCACAUUCUACAAAGCCAUUAAAACUUUCCAUAUCCUCAACAGCAAGUCUAGAAUCUUCUGAAGUCUCAGAAAUUUUUUUAGAACCAGCUGUAUGUCUGGAUUUCCGAGACCCCUCUAAAGUAUCCCUUAAAGUCCUUCCACAGAUUUUGGAACCUUCUGCAGUAUCAUCACAUAUGUUAAAAAAUGCACCUGGCCAGACGUUGCUUUCCAAAAGCUCAGAUCCAUCACUUUUAGACACUAAGGAUCCUCUACUUCCCUCAAAAGAGCUACCUUGCGUUACGGUUAUGGCUGAGAGCAUGUAUGGUGACUUCGAGCAGGCCAUGGACCACCUACGGUAUAGGCUAAUUGCAACACGCAACCCUGAAGAGAUCAGGGGUGGAGGCCUGCUCAAGUACAGCAAUUUGCUUGUCCGGGACUUUAAACCUGCCAGUGAGACUGAAAUUAAAACACUUGAGCGCUACAUGUGUUCACGCUUUUUUAUUGACUUUCCUGAUGUGAAUGAGCAGCAGCGCAAGAUUGAAUCAUACCUGCGCAACCAUUUUAUUGGUGAGGAAAAGAGCAAAUAUGAUUACUUGAUGACACUUCGGAGAGUGGUCAACGAGAGCACUGUGUGCCUGAUGGGCCAUGAGCGCCGUCAAACUCUCAAUAUGAUUACUAUUCUAGCACUCAGAGUCCUGGGUGAGCAAAAUAUUAUCCCUAAUGCCAACAAUGUAACUUGCUACUACCAGCCUGCACCAUACAUGGCAGACCACAACUUAAGCAACUAUUAUGUUGCAAAUGGCCAGUCCCCACUUAUAUACCAUCCUUACCCACUACACAUACACAUGCAGACCGGACUAGUUUAGCUCUAGGUAUGUACUGAUAUAUUAAUAGCUGCCACAGGACAGAUCUUGGAGUCUUGCAACCUAAAAUGUCUACCAAAAAAAAUCUAACCUUGAUGAUGAGCGAUUGCAUCGACAACAAUAAUCUUAAAUACAGCUUCUGUGUUUAACACUGCAUUAAACAAUUAUUUAGGUAGUGGUAUUGGAUACAAUUAUAGUAAAAAAACUGAUUGACAGAAAAUAUACAGUUUAAUGUGGUCAAUAACACAUUAAACUACUACAGUUUUAAUGAGAACAUGUAAAAAUUUGGUGGUAUUGCACCAACAGAAUUCAAUUCAAUUGAAUGAAGGGUAAUCUAUAAAUGUGUGCAAUGCCUUUGAGAAAACUAGAGUGAACAUUUGGAUGAUCAAUGAGUGGAACAAACAUUCAAAGAGAGAAAACGAAUAACUCUAGAAAGCAGCAACAGUUUGGCUGGGCAUGUUCUUCUCAUAAGUGUUUGCUUGUAAAACCAGCCCAAAAAAAGAUAGGGGCGGUUUCCCGGACAGGGAUUACACUAGUCCUAGACUAAAAUAAAUGUAAGAGCUGUCGAAACUGAAAACAACUUGCACUGACAAAUCUUAAAAUACACCAGUGCCCUUUAAGGGCUACUCCUGGUUUAAAAUAAUCCCUGUCCGGGAAACCACCCCAUAUUGUUCUGAUAUAAAAUGUAACAUUUUACAAAUUUGAAUGCUCUGCUGAUGUAAAAAAAAUACAAAUAAUCAUCAUGCAUCUAGUGCUUUAUGACACAGCAAGGUACUUUUGUUGUCUCAAAUGAUUAAACUAGCUCUUGUACUGUUUAUGCCCGGGGUGGGCAAACUACAACCGACCAUCACUGUCAUCCGGCCCUUAAAGCAUAAAUGUUUAUUAAUGUAUUAAAUAUUGCAAUACAAUCAAAGUCGUUAGUCUGCAAAAUACUGACAUUAAGUGGAAAAAUGAAAUACAAAAUAUAGAAUGGAGAGCAAAAUACUUUACCAGCAUCAGACAGAAGGAGGAAUGUGUGAUGAAGGAGGUAAAAAAGUUUAGCAGUUUUCAAAGACAACCUUUAUUCCUCUGUUUUUAACACAAUUAAUUUUAUGAUGAUUAAUAUGUAAUGCAUUCGAGAUGAUUUGCCCUUAAGAAAACGAAGCAUGACUUACUGUAACUAUAGUACACACAGACAAGGCUUAGCUUAAGCCAGGACUAUGUCUUAUUUAAAUUAGGAUAUUUAUGUCACUUUUAUAAAAAUGCUUUAGAAAAAGCAUUACAUUAAAGUUUUAAUGACCAUCCAUAUUAUUUUACUCUUUUUAUUAAGAUACAAACAGACAGUACAUGAAAUAUGUACACAAAAUUUAAAACAAAACAAUUAUCAGAACUAAAUGUCUUCAGACAUCAGUCAGUGUUAAGGGUGACCUCUCUUGGCACGAAACACAUCUUGAGCUUUUUUGAGGAGACUGAAGUCCUGAAGACAUUCAAUUAGAACUAGAUGAGGUUAAAGUUUGUGAACAAACUUUAUGUUGGCUUGAGAAAGCCUAGUCUGAGAGUAGUAGAUGGAGCUGCAGUUGGGGCAUUUGAGUUAG